AUGUCGUUCCGUGGCGGAGGACGGGGCGGUGAUCGGGGCGGCGGACGAGGGGGCUUCAGAGGAGGAGACCGAGGCGGAUUCAGAGGCGGAGACAGAGGAGGCCGUGGUGGUGGCUUUCGAGGUGGGAGAGGAGGCUUCCAGUCAGGCCCACCCGACACCGUGCAAGAAAUGGGCACCUUCCUCCACGCAACCGAGGGCGAGCUCGUCUGCUCGUCCGUCAACCCCAAAAUCCCCUACUUCAACGCGCCCAUCUACCUCGAAAACAAGCAGUCCAUCGGCAAAGUCGACGAAAUCCUCGGCCCGCUGAAUCAAGUCUACUUCACCAUCAAACCACAAGAAGGCAUCCAAGCCGCUUCAUUCAAGGCGGGAGAUAAGUUCUACAUUGGUGGUGACAAGCUGUUACCGUUGGAGAAGUUCUUGCCCAAGCCCAAGCCGUUGCCGGGAGCGGCGAAGGUGAAGAAGCCGAGGGGUGCGGGUAUGGCGGGGGGUAGAGGUGGGAGAGGUAUGAUGAGGGGUGGUAGAGGUGCGCCGAGGGGGAGAGGUGGAGCGCCUGGGAGAGGGUUCUCUAGGGGAGGUGGCUUUGGAGGGAGUAGAGGUGGCGGUGGGUUCAGCAGUAGAGGAAGGGGUGCACCGAGAGGGCGCGGGAGAGGGUAG